GUUUUACGAGCUGCACCUAGCGUGCUCAGGUUAACAUUUACCUCAAUGGCGCGUCGUUUCCUGAAUUCCUGAGUCUUGACACAGGUGUAUUGACACAUCUACUGCAAGACUUCUUAUAUGCAACACCCAAAUAACCGGUUGGUCAUCCAGCAGUUAUUGAACCAACGAGCAGGGAAACUACAGAGUACUAAAUGUGCUGUAGCUCUGAUGGAUUAUUCUCACACCUUAAAUGAUGGUUUUUCCUUCUGUACGGUCACCUGCGGAGACGGUGUCUGGACUGGCCACAACUGCACUGUUGGUCAGCAUCUGCACUGUUUGGUAAAUGUGACAGAGCACACCAACACAUCCAGCCUCACUAUGGGUCAGGACAGGGGGAAGUAUGAUUUCUACAUCGGUCUGGGUUUGGCCAUCAGCUCCAGCAUCUUCAUCGGAGGCAGCUUCAUCCUCAAGAAGAAAGGACUUCUGAGGCUGGCGAGGAAGGGAUCGAUGCGAGCAGGUCAGGGUGGACAUGCGUACCUUAAAGAAUGGCUGUGGUGGGCUGGUUUACUAUCAAUGGGAGCUGGUGAAGCAGCUAACUUUGCAGCGUAUGCCUUUGCUCCUGCGACACUGGUGACUCCGCUGGGAGCCCUCAGCGUGCUCGUCAGCGCCGUGCUGUCGUCGUACUUCCUGACGGAGCGGUUAAACCUGCACGGGAAGCUCGGCUGCCUGCUCAGCAUCCUGGGCUCCACCACCAUGGUGAUCCAUGCCCCGAAAGAGGAGGAGAUCAGCAGCCUCGAGGACAUGGCCAAAAAGCUGGUCGAUCCAGGGUUUUUCGUCUUUGCUACUAUUGUAAUCAUCGUGGCCCUCAUCUUCAUAUUUGUCGUGGGUCCCCGUCACGGUCAGACCAACAUCCUCGUCUACAUCACCAUCUGCUCAGUUAUCGGGGCACUAUCGGUGUCCUGCGUCAAAGGACUGGGUAUCGCCAUCAAGGAGGCGAUCGCCGGGAAAAACGUGGUGAGAAACCCUCUGGCGUGGAUCCUGCUUCUGGGGCUGGUGACCUGCGUGAGCACACAGAUCAACUACCUGAACAAGGCUCUGGACAUUUUCAACACCUCCCUGGUGACUCCCAUCUACUACGUGUUCUUCACCACCUCUGUGCUCACCUGCUCCGCCAUCCUCUUCAAGGAGUGGGGCCACAUGGGCCCCGACGACGUGAUCGGCACCCUCAGUGGCUUCCUCACCAUCAUCGUGGGCAUCUUCCUGCUGCACGCCUUCAAGGACGUUAGCGUGAGCUUGGCCUCCCUCGCCGUGUCCAUGAGGAAGGAGGAACGGGUCUUCCCCGCGGCCAACGGCAUGGCGUCCCACGGCACCUACGAGUUGCUACAUAAUGAGUCCACUGAAGACAUGGAGGACAGAGAAAUAGGUUUGCCUUUUGAUAGCGUCUCUAGAAGAAACGGAGCAAUGACUUCCUCUUUGGAUCACUAAAAAACUCUUUUUUUCAGCUGCCUACAAACUGACUCACCAACCACGACAUUGUUGUGGUUCACGACAACAAUAAGACAAUCAACUGUUUUGGGGGACGUGUUGGACAGACCAGUGGAUUGUAUUUACUGUUUUAAUUUGCCUUACUUUUCUCAGAAUAUGAGCCGAUCAUAUUCGUUACAGUUAGAACUUAAUUUCAUUCCUCUGUAGCGCUGUAAAUAUGAGUUUUUUUUAAGAAAUGUUUUGUUAUAUGUACAUGCAUAUUCAUGCACUGACUUACUUUCUAUAAAUCAAAACGAUAAAGGUUUUAAUAUAUAUUCUAUAUGAAGUCCUGCUGACAAAUGACGACAUUUAAAAAAAGGACAGACACGAUGAUUUAAGUUUUUUUCGUGAUACUUGAAAGUAACAACAGUUUUUGUUGGAAGUCGUUCUGAACUUUUUUUUGUAGCGUUUACAUGAAAAGCUCUCGAGAUGAACCAACAGAUUUGUUACAUAUUUAUUGAAUUAAAAUGAUUAAAACAUUUGAAGGCACAGUGAAUAAAUGCUUAACAUGA